AUCGGAACAACAUCAUUUUGCCUAUUUAUAAUUUAUAUGGAUUUACCCAACUUGUUCUUCGGCUCUAGAUAAUAAAGGUCCCAAAAACCAAAAUUACUACCCCCUCCUUCUCCGUCUUCAUCUUCGUCGGAGAUUUUCCUGUUUUCCUUGACCAGAAAAUGCAUCGAAUCAUCGUUCCAAGGGUGUUGUCGGGGAGGAAUUCCGGCUUAACCCGUCAAUCAUUCUCAUCAUUGUCCCGACACUCCCAUUCCAGCGCGUCUCUCCGGGAAGAUGGUGAUUUUCUUCCCCAAAUGCCCCCUUUCGACUACACCCCGCCUCCUUACACCGGGCCGUCCGCGGAAGAAAUUCUCAAGAAGCGUCAGGAAUUUCUCAGCCCUGCUAUCUUCCAUUUCUACAAAAAUCCGUUGAAUUUGGUAGAUGGGAAAAUGCAAUACUUGUUUGACGACAAGGGUCGCCGAUAUUUGGAUGCAUUUGGUGGGAUUGCAACGGUGUGUUGUGGGCACUGUCAUCCUGACGUGGUUGAUGCCAUUGUUAAGCAGGCCAAUAAACUGCAGCAUUCCACAGUUCUGUAUCUGAAUCAUGCUAUUGCUGAUUUUGCUGAAGCUCUGGCAUCUAAAUUCCCUGGUGAUCUCAAGGUUGUUUUCUUUACAAAUUCUGGGACAGAGGCAAAUGAGUUGGCCUUGAUGAUGGCGCGAUUGUACACGGGUUGCCAGGAUAUUAUUUCUUUGAGGAACGCAUAUCAUGGUAAUGCUGCCGGUACCAUGGGGGCUACUGCUCAAAGCAACUACAAGUUCAAUGUUGUGCAGGCUGGGGUUCACCACGCCCUGAAUCCAGACCAGUACAGAGGAGUUUUUGGCUCUGAUGGACCAAAGUAUGCAAGGGAUGUGGAGGAAAUUAUUGCAUAUGGAACUUCUGGCCAUGUUGCUGCAUUUAUUUCCGAAGCUAUACAGGGUGUAGGUGGAAUCUUAGAGCUUGCCCCAGGAUAUUUGCCUGCAGUUUAUAGCACAAUCAAAAAGGCUGGUGGUCUUUGCAUAGCUGAUGAGGUCCAAUCUGGAUUUGCUAGAACGGGAAGCCAUUUCUGGGGUUUUGAGGCCCAUGGUGUUGUUCCUGAUAUUGUUACGAUGGCAAAGGGUAUUGGGAAUGGGAUUCCAAUUGGUGCUGUGGUUACAACUCCUGAGAUUGCCAAUGUGUUGACUCGUCGCAACUACUUCAAUACCUUUGGUGGGAAUCCCUUGUGCACUGCAGCUGGCUUAGCGAAUCUCAAAGUGAUAGAGAAGGAAAACCUUCAACAUAAUGCUUUAACUGUUGGAUCAUAUCUGAAGGAACGCCUUGCAUCACUCCAAGACAAUUAUGAAAUAAUCGGUGAUGUAAGGGGUAGAGGAUUGUUGCUUGGAGUUGAACUCGUUAAGGAUCGCCAGCUGAAAACUCCAGCCAAAGUUGAGACUCUUCAUAUUAUGGAGGAGAUGAAAGGUUAUCUAAUCUCUUCUCCAUACUUUUAGUCUAACCAGUGAUUCUCUGCUUAGAUGUUAUUUCUUGUAUCCCGUCUAACACUCUCUGUUAUUAGAGAUGGGAGUUCUUAUUGGGAAAGGUGGGUUCUAUGGCAAUGUGUUCCGAAUUACUCCUCCACUCUGCUUCAAGAAAGAAGACGCCGGUGAGUUUUAGCUCUUUCAAAUCUCCUCCUUUUCUGUUUUCCCAUCAUUAGCUAAAACAACAUAUGCAUGUUGUUUUGUCCUUUUCUCAAUGCAGAUUUCCUAGUUGAUGUGAUGGACCAUGUGAUUUCAAAGAUGUAAAGACAAUGCCGAAAAAGGAUCCAGGAAGCGCCCAAUAUCUAUCCAGUGUACCGUUGCAGCUUCUGCCGGAACUUAUAAAUUUAAAACUUGAUGUAGUAGUAGAAUCAUAUCAUCUGGAAAUGCCUUAAGGAGAUGAUGAGACAUCAUCUCGUUGUCUCUCUCUCCGUGUAAUAAAGUUGGCUGUAAUGCUCGAUAUCUAUCAAGCGUACCGUUGCAGCUUCUGCAGGAACUUAUGAAUUUAAAACUUGAUGUAGUAGUAGAAUCAUAGCAGCUGGAAAUGUCUCAGGGAGAUGAUGAGACAUCGCCUCGUUGUCUCUCUUUCUCUCCAUAAUAAAGUUCGCUGUAAUUUAUUUCAUGGAUUUGUUGUUUCAAAAUUCGAGACAUUUCAGUAUAAUUUACCAGAGAAAAUGGUGAAAUGCCUAUUUUAAUUUAGUGAAUUAACUACUAAAAGGUUCUGAUCAUCAAUUUUCUAGGUUAAGCCUCACAAAAUGAUGCCGUCGAUAAAAAGGUUCUUGUGAUGGAACUUUUCAAGACUACUUUCCAGAUUUACAUCCUGAAAAGAUACUCACUGCAAUUGAAAUGUAAUCGCCAAUAACUUGUAUACAAGGAG